AUGAGCGGUAUCACCCAAACGAAUGAAAAACUGCCUUUUGAGGCAGAAAAAGCCCCUGUUAUAACCUCUAUUCGCUCCAUCGAGGGCGCAAUUAUAGAAGUUACCGACAGAGAUGCAGACCAAGCUAUGGACUAUGUAUUGGACUCGCAGAAUAUCGUUCUGGACCAGAAGAUCGAACGGGCAUUAAUCCGGAAAAUUGACUGGUGCAUCCUCCCCUUGGUGUGUGCACUAAUGGCCUGCCAGCAAAUGGACAAAACGACUAACUCGUACGCAUCGAUCAUGGGUUUGACGAAAGAUCUGAACAUGACUGCCCAAGAGUAUUCGUGGGUGGGAAGCUCUUUUUAUUUCGGCUAUCUCUUUUUUGAAUUUCCCGCAAACUUGCUACUUCAAAGAUUCCCCCUAUCCAAGACGCUUGGGGUCGCCAUUGUUCUAUGGGGAGUGGUUCUUAUGUGCCACGCAGCAUGCCGUUCGUCAGCUUCAUUUCUGGCAUGUCGUGUUCUGCUGGGCACCUUUGAGGGCUUCAUGAACCCCGCAUACAUUCUGUUGACAGCUCAAUGGUACAAAAAGAGCGAACAAUUCAUGAGAUCCUGCAUUUGGUUCGGGUUCCAGGGCUUUGGAUCGAUACUUGGCGGUGGAAUCGCUUAUGGGCUGGUUUCUCACCACUACACUAUGCCGUCGUGGAGACUCCUUUACGUGAUCACUGGGAUCAUUACCGUUUUCCUCGGGUUGAUCUCUACUGUUCACAUUCCUGACAUUCCGGUAAAAGCCUGGUUCUUAGAUGAAACAGAGAAAAAGUACUGUGUGGAGAGAAUCAGAAGUAACCAGCAAGGAUUCGGUAAUCAGCACUUUAAAAUGAGACAGCUCCGCGAAACCUUCAAGGACAUCAGGACGUUGAUUUUUUUUGUCUACGGUAUGUCGUAUGCCAUUCCCAAUGGCGGGUUCACCAAUUUUGGUUCCAUUCUACUAAAGAAAGAUUUUGGGUUUUCUACUAAGGAUUCACUUUUGAUGAGUAUGCCUGGCGGUGGUAUUGAUAUUGUAAUUCCAUUUAUCGUGGCAUUCAUGAGUACAAAGCUUUUCAAGGGCGACAGACUUAUCGUGUGCUUGAUUGUUAACUCGAUUGUUAUUGUAGGGAUGUGCUUGUUGAACUUCACCUCGCACAAGGGUUCCAAACUGGCUGGAUACCUUUCGUUUUACGCAGCGACAGCAGUAGUUUCUGGAGUUGUCUCCUGUAUCUCGUCUAACACCGCUGGGUACACCAAGAAGAUUACCGUUAAUACAUUAUUUCUAGUCGGAUACUGCGUGGGAAAUAUAGUCGGUCCUCAAACCUUCAGAGCCUCGCAGUCUCCCAACUAUAGUGGUGCCAAAAUUGCGAUGCUCGUUUCUUUCGCUACUGGUGAUAUCUGUAUCGCCUUAAUGUAUUGGCUAAAUAAGAGAGACAACCACGCGCGGGACAAAAAGAGGGAGGAGCUGGGAGUCGAUUACGCAGAACCUAAAAAUUUGGAGUUUGCGGAUUUGACGGACAAGGAAAAUCCUGCUUUCAGAUAUUCGCUCUAG